AUGAAGACCAUUCGCAGCAAUCAGACUGUCGACAUUCCGGAAAAUGUCAUUACUCUGAAGGGAUGCAAAGUUAUUGUGAAGGGCCCCAGAGGAACUCUGUGGAGGGACUUCAAUCACAUCAGUAUAGAACUCAGUCUUCUUGUAAAUAAAAAAAAGAGGCUCCAGCUUAACAACUUGUGGUGAGGUAACAGAAAGGAACCGGCUAUGGUUCGGACUAUUUGUAGUCAUGUACAGAACAUGAUCAAGGCUGUUACACUGGGCUUCCAUUACAAGAUGAGGUCUGUGUAUGCUCACUUCCCCAUCAACAUCAUUACCCAGGAGAAUGGGUCUUUUGUUGAAAUCCGAAAUUUCUUGGGUGAAAAAUACAUCCGCAGGGUUAGGAUGAGACCAGGUGUUGCUUGUUCAGUAUGUCAAACCCAGAAACACGAAUUAAUCCUUGAAGGAAAUGACAUUGAGCUUGUUUCAAAUUCAGCGGCUUUGAUUCAGCAAGCAACAACAGUUAAAAACAAGCAUAUCAGGACAUUUUUGGAUGGUAUCUAUGUCUCUGAAAAAGGAACUGCUCAGCAUGCUGAUGAAUAAGAUC